AUGCUUUCUCAACUCAAGUUUUGUAUGAGUGUUACUCAAAAUCUCAGGAAACCUAGCCUUAUCACAAUCAAACAUGUUCCUGCAAAGUCCAUGGGAUACCUUGGUGAUGUCGGUCCGAUUUUAUGUUCGUUGAUGGAUUUCUUAUCCAGAUUCAAUUGUAGUGUUAUUGAAGAUGGUCAUGGUAUAGAGUAUGAUUGUGGUCAGAUCUGUCUUGAACCACCUUACCCUUCAGAGCAUAUAAAGAGUGUUGUAACCGGUGGAAAAAGACAUCAAAAUUACCAGAUUGAUUCUAUUGGACUUUAG